ACCCGGAAGCGCGCCAGUGUUUACAGCCGAGUGGAAGAACACGUGUGCGACUGCAGAGUCUUGAGUGUGAGUGUGAGUGUGUGUGUGUGAAAUAAACAUCAUGAGAGUUGCUGCGCUGAUCAGCGGCGGUAAGGACAGCUGUUAUAACAUGCUGCAGUGUGUGUCUGCUGGUCACUCUAUCGUGGCUCUCGCGAACCUCAUGCCUCACACACAUGUUCCAGAUGAGCUGGACAGUUACAUGUAUCAGACGGUGGGUCACCGGGCCGUGGGUCUGUACGCGGAGGCCAUGGGUGUUCCCCUGUACAGGCGCACUAUUGAGGGCUCCAGUCUGCACACGGCCAGAGAAUACAGCCAGACCGAAGGAGAUGAGGUGGAGGAUCUGUACCAGCUGCUCAAGCUUGUGAAGGAGAAGGAGCGUGUUGAGGCCGUGUCUGUCGGGGCCAUUCUGUCCGACUACCAGAGAGUACGUGUGGAAAAUGUGUGUGCGAGACUGCAGCUCCAGCCGCUGGCGUACCUGUGGCGCCGAGACCAGGCCGAGCUGCUCAGAGAGAUCAUAUCAAGUGGCCUCCAAGCCCUCCUCAUCAAAGUGGCAGCGUACGGCCUGGAUCCAGAGAGACAUUUAGGAAAAUCCCUGGCGGAGAUGGAAGCGUAUCUGCACGAGGUCAGAGACACACAAAUACUUCUGCCAGAAAAACGAAUGGUUGUGGAGGAGAAGCGCCGAAGUGUCGUUCCACGUCGUGCUUUGUGUUUCAGUGACUCGAUGGAGACGGUCAUCCACUCGGCCGAUGCCUUCGCUCCUGUUGGAUACCUGCGCUUCACACGCAUGCACACGGAGGACAAGAGAGAAGGGCAGCUGCAGGAGAACGGUCUGCUGAUGAAGCACGUGCUCCUGGUUCAUCUCUACGUGAGCGACAUAGAGAACUUCAGUCAGAUCAACUCCGUCUACUGCACCUACUUCACUCACAAUCCUCCAGCCAGGGUCUGUGUUCAGGUGUGGCUCCCGGUCUCUCAGCAGCUGCGGAUGGACGUUCUGCUUCAGGACGGGACGGUGGUCUGCGAGGAGGACGCUUUUCCUCAGAGAGGCACGCUUCAUGUCCAGAGUCUGUCCCACUGGGCCCCGGCCAACAUCGGGCCCUACAGUCAAGCCGUGCAGGUGCGGGAUGCGGUGUUCUGCGCGGGACAGAUCGCUCUGGUGCCCUGCUCCAUGCAGCUGGUGAAGGGCCCGGUGGCUCUUCAGGCUCGGCUCUGCUUCAGUCACAUGGAGAAGGUUCUGCAUGCGAUGGACUCCAGACUCACACUGGCUCACGUGCUGCAGGCGCACAUCUACAUCACUCACCGUGAACACGCCGCAGCCGUCACAGAGGCCUGGAACACCAAACUACAGGACGUCCAGGUGGAGAGCAGCGUUGCGGUCGUGCCGUCGUUACCCAGAGGAGCAGCGGUGGAGCUGCAUGUCACGGCUGUGCUGGACCGUCCCACAGACAGAGCGUCUCAUCUCUCCGUCUCUCAGAUCCCGGGGUGCAGCGUCGAGUGCCGUCUGCUGCAGUCCAGCUGCGCUCGAUACGCCUCUCUGUCUCUCAGCGUGUGUUUGAGCGACCCUCACGCAGCAGCCGAGAGCGUCACCGAUCAGCUGCUGUCUUCAUACCGGAGCGCUCUUCUCAAGACCACCGGCCUCUCUGCUCUGUGUGCCAGAGUUUUCUAUAAGAGCCACGACUCGCUCGUCACUCAGAUCGCCACAGGGUUGCAGGCUCUGGAUCGCUGCGGUGCUGCUGUGGCUCUGGUUCCUGCUGAAGAUCUGCCGGAUCGGUGUGUCCUCCGCGUCUCCUGCUGGCUCAGUGUGUAGCAGACCUUCUCUGACUGCAUCAGAUUGUUGAUCUCGAGCUCAGAUUGAGUCCAUGACACCUGUAAUCUAUGAUGCUCUCUUUUCUCUUGUGUUAUCAAAUGCAUGCAUAUUUGUGUUUGUUAAAGGGUUCAUUCACCCAAAUGAUGGUUCUGUCAUUCCAAACCUUUCGUUCUUGAACACAAACACAAGUGCAUGCUUCUCUUUUCCCUUCAGUGGAAUUGUAUAGCAGUUUUGUUAGUGAAACAGCUUGUAAACAAUGUCAUGUAAUGUCACAUUUUCCUCAUGAAAGACAUUCAAUGUCCAUAAACAAAAAUAACUAGAGAGGAGCAUUUUGAUAAAUUACUAGUGCUGUCGAGCGAUUAAUCG